GGCGAUCUGAGGCCAUGGAAGGGACCGGUCACUGGACAAAACCCAUGCAACCAUCCUCUCCUCUCCUCUCCCCGCGCCGCGUCGCGCCUCUGUGGAACCUUUUCCGCGAGCUAUUUCGGCCGCAUCGUCAUUUCUGCGUGUCUGGCACUUUCAGCUCCUCAAAAUCUCCAGAUUCCUCGCUCCCUCCCUCCCUCCCUUAUCCGCCGCGUGCGUCGUCCCGCAAGCACGCUCACGAGGUCUCACAGUCCCACUGUCACGCAGUCCGCCCACCGGCUCUUCUCCCAUCAUAAAGCCCCGCCGCUGGAAUUCGGGCGUUGAAUCGAGCGGCCCUUUCCGUCCGCUGACCUCGCUCCAAGGAGUCUCAGUACUAAAAUCUAAAUCUCGUACCACGCGAACUGCGUUAUUGGCUCGGCAACCGUGAGACUCCUCCGGCUGCUGGUCGAGGCGACGACAGUGCUAACGCGUAGAGCCACUCACCGCCCUCCCACCUGCCUCCCGCCGCUUCGCACCUCAAUCCCGUUGCUCAUACAAGUCCGCCUUCCGCGCAGUCGCGCUUCCUUUCGCGCACCUCCGCGUCCUCCGCGUCCUCCGCCUCCGCGCCCCCCUGCCCCGUCCGCGCCACCGCCAUGAGCACUCCGCGCCUUGUGCUGGCGACCAGCGAGUCCGUGGAGAACGCGGGCGUGAGCCCCAUGAGUCCGUUCGGCCCUGUGUCGCCCAUCAGCCCCAUCUCGCCGCUCAGCCCGGGCAUGGCGAGCCGGCAGCGCCUCAGCAGCCUGCAGGAGCGGCGCGGCGUGCCCGUGUCUAACCCGCUGCCGCGCCUGCUCAAGAAGCCCGCCUGGCAGCUGCUGCGCGGCGUUGACAAGCAGUACCGCAGCCCCACGGACAUGAUGAUGUCGCCUGUUUCACAGCAGCUCUCAGGGGUCACGCACCCCAUGAGGCAGGUGGGGAGGAUGUGCCCACAGCUGGACAACAAUGGGCCGCCGGCCCCCAUAAGCAUCAGCACCACCGCCACCACGUCCCGGGGAUGACAGCACGAGCAGUCGAUUGUUGGAUGGAUGGAUGAAGUCUAUCCUUUAGGCGUCGCGCCACAAAGCCGGAUAGAUGGAUGGAUGGAUCGGUGCCUCGGGGAGGGCUGGUCAGCUGUUGAUGCUGCUGGAUGGAUGGAUGCAUACUGUAGUAAUUUUUCCCCUGCAUGGAUCGCUUGCUGGCGCCAUUCCUCAUGUCCGGGCCAGUCACCUCUGUACUCUGCAGGAUCAUCAUCACUCCUUCAGUGGUGCUCUCAUCUAGAUUGCUUGCUUGCUUGCUUUCAUGCUUUCCUUUCCAUUUUUUUUGCUGCACACUCAGCAGCGCAAGUCUCAGCCACCGUACCAGUACGUCCCUUGUGGUUGCUUGCUGCACGCACGCCCUGCUGUGACCAGGAGCUACUGUCUUCCCUAGGGUAGCUGCAUGUGUGUCUUCCAUGGGAGACUGUUUGUGUGUGGCUAGGACUCUUUGUCGAGAAAACUGAACAAGUGUUUGAUAGAGAGAGAGAGAGAGAACAAGGGUAUAUACCUAAGAGUGUUGUACCCUCUAAGAGGUGACCCUAUACAGUCUAUACAAAUAU